CAGGAUCUGUGAGUGCUUCAGUCUGACAGCCACAAGAGUUGACAAGUUGGUGUAAAAAGGGCAGAAAAUGGACAUUAAUCCACCCAAGUUAAAAACUGCGAUUACUGCCAAUGAAAGGCUGCAAAAGUUGAAAGAAGCUUUUGAAACAAAGUAUGGAAAAUCUCCUCUUUUCUAUGCUUGUGCACCAGGAAGGGUAAAUCUCAUAGGAGAGCACAUUGAUUACUGCGGCUAUUCUGUGCUCCCGAUGGCUAUUGAACAGAAUAUCCUCGCAGCCGUCUCAGUGAACAAUUCAGGGACAAUCGAGCUUGCCAACACAAAUCCUCAGUACAAUGUUUUCACUGUAUCAUGUUCAGAGGACAUCGCCAUUGACAGAGACAAUCCAAAAUGGCAUUAUUAUUUCCUCUGUGGCGUUAAAGGUAUUCAGGAGAAGUGUGGGAUUGCUCCUUUAUCAGGGAUGUCGUGUGUCGUUGAUGGGACCAUUCCUCCGAGCUCUGGCCUGUCCAGUUCUAGUGCCUUAGUUUGUUGUGCCGGGCUCGUAACAAUGGAGGCAAAUCAGAAGUCCCUCCCCAAGGUGGCUCUGGCUGAGAUAUGUGCCAAAUGUGAGCGCUACAUUGGCACAGAGGGAGGGGGCAUGGACCAGUCCAUCUCCUUCCUGGCAGAGAAAGGAACUGCAAAGCUGAUAGAGUUUCAGCCUCUGCGGGCCACUGAUGUCAAACUCCCAGACGGGGCCGUGUUUGUGAUUUCUAACUGCUGCGUGGAGAUGAACAAAGCUGCUUCUUCUCACUUCAACAUCCGUGUCGUGGAGUGUCGGAUCGCCACAAAGAUGCUGGCCCAGGCGCGCGGUCUGGACUCGAGCAGGUUGUUGAAGCUGGCGCAGGUUCAGACGGAGCUCAAGGCGUCUCUGGAGGAGAUGCUGGCUCUGGUGGACGAGGUGCUGCAUCCUGAGCCAUACACCCGAGAGGAGAUCUGCAAGGCGCUGGGCAUCACCUCCGAGCAGUUCUCCACUGAGCUGCUGAGCGCUAACACUCAGCAUGUGACUCACUUCAAGCUGUACCAACGAGCCAAGCAUGUGUACGGUGAAGCUGCGCGGGUGCUGCGCUUUAAGAGUGUGUGUGAUUCUGAACCCGCUGAAUCCGUACAGCUUCUAGGAGACCUGAUGAACCAGAGCCACGCAAGCUGCAGAGACCUGUACGAGUGCAGCUGUCCUGAACUGGACCAACUGGUGGACCUCUGCCUGAAGUCGGGGGCAGUGGGCUCUCGGCUGACAGGAGCAGGCUGGGGCGGCUGUGCUGUUUCCAUGGUUCCCAGCAAGAAAGUGGAGUCUUUCUUACAGGCAGUGAGGGAAGCUUACUACCUCUCCGAUCCUCGCAGAGCAGCGAUGGAAAAACAAAGUUUGUUCGUAACAAAGCCGGGUGGAGGAGCUGCUAUUUUCCUUGAGGAGUGAAAUACAUCGUCCAUGUCUAAUUGCACAGCUAUAAUUCAAUCUCUAAUACACUCAUGCAGGGAAAGACAUUGAUUUUUUUUCUUUUCUUUAAUUAAGAUUAUUCUUGAAGGGCCAAACAUUGAUAUCAGGGGUGCAUUAUUUCAAUUUAUUUACAAAGGGAAUUUCUUUUUGUGUUAAAAUAUGCUUUUCAAAAUCAUGAAUGUUUUUGUAAUAAAAUGAUUUUCUAUAGCUAACGCACUGUCUUACUGU